AUGAUAACCGUUAGCCCCUUCUGGUUCCAUGACUGUAUAAGGGCAGCUACAAGCGGAGACUCUUCUAACGAACUCCUUUCUGAAGUAAGAUGGCUUGAGUGGUGCGUUGGGGGAAGCGAUUCGUCUCUUUCGACGACCAGUUUGCAUCUACCGAACUUAUUGGUGCAGGAUUUAUCAUGGAGCGACAUCAAGCGGAGACUCCAACGAAUUUGCAUCUGCCGAAUUUUUCUAUGUUGCAUCUUGGGAGACGAUCCGCCUCUUCCGACGAUUAGUUUGUAUCUACCGAACUUAUCGGUGCUGGAUUUAUCAUGGAGCAGGUUCACAGAGGAUUGGGAAGGAUGGAGGAGUUCAUUCAUGGCGUCAAAGCGGCUACAUGUUCUCGACCUUGAGUGGUGCGAAGGUUUAAGAUGUACUCCCGAUCUCUCGGCUUUCACGCAGUUGAAGGUUCUCUGCUUGCGCGGUUGUGCCAGACUGGAGCAUCUCCACCCUUCUAUUGGCAAACUCAAGAGCCUCGUUUCCUUGGACUUGAGGUUAUGUCAUAGUCUCAAGGAGCUACCAGAGGAAGUGGGCGAAUUAAAAGAUUUAGAAGAACUUGUAUUAGAUGAAUCUCGUAUUACAGAGAUCCCUACGUCUAUUGGUUCUCUGAGGAAGCUGAAGAAAUUGAGUGCCUUCUGUUGUAAGUCACUGAGAGAAAUCCCUAGUUCAAUUGGGAAUUUACAUAAUUUGCAACAUCUGAACUUGUUUAGCUGCGAAAGUCUCAAGGAGCUACCAGAGGAAGUGGGCGAAUUAAAAGAUUUAGAAGAACUUGUAUUGGCUAAAUCUGGUAUUACAGAGAUCCCUACGUCUAUUGGUUCUCUGACGAACCUGAAGGAACUGAGUUUCAGAUGUUGUAGGUCACUGAGAGAAAUCCCUAGCUCAAUUGGGGAUUUACAGAAUUUGCAACUUCUGGACUUGUAUGGCUGUGAAAGUCUCAAGGGGCUACCAGAGGAAGUGGGCGAAUUAAAAGAUUUAGAAGAACUUCUAUUAGAUGCUACUAGUAUUGCAGAGAUCCCUACGUCUAUUGGUUCUCUGAGGAAGCUGAAGAAACUGAGUGCCACCUAUUGUCACUCACUGAGAGAAAUCCCUAGCUCAAUUGGGGAUUUACAGAAUCUGCGGGCUUUAGGUCUCGCAGGAUGCUAUAGUCUGAAAGGGGCAAUUCCAAGUGAAAUCGGCGACUUGUUUUCGCUUGAGAGUCUCAAUUUCUGUGACACACCGAUAUCUGACCUACUAGAAAGCAUCCGGAAUCUUUCUUCUCUCCAAAGCCUUAGACUAUCGGGCUGUGACAAGCUCCGGUCGCUGCCAGAGCUUCCUUCGGGCUUAACGGAUCUGUGGGUCUCUUGUCAGAGUCCCAGGUUGCCACAUCUUUCUAGCCUAAUCCACCUAGAAGAACUCCAUCUUUCGGCAUGCCAUCUACUUGAAGACAUCCCCAAGCUUCCCUCGAGACUCUUGAAACUCUGUAUUGAGGAGUGUGGUAAGCUGAUAUUGCUUAAGCUCAACGGAUUGAAGAACUUGGAGUUAUUUAUAAUAAAAAAGUGCAGUUCGAUUGAAAGAUUGGACCUUUCACAAUUAAUUCGUCUGAAAAAUUUACACGUUAAGGAUUGCAAUAACCUAGUUGAAAUUCAGGGCCAGGAGAAUUUGGAGUUCUUGGAGCGCAUAUUUAUAGACGACUGCAAUUCCAUUAAAAGGCUUCUCUGUCCAGAAUCACGGUGUUUGAAGCGGUUAGUGGCUGUCAGGUGCAACAAUCUAGUCGAAAUUCGAGGUCUUGACGGUGCGAAGUUCUUAGAAAAGUUGAAUUUUACGGGAUGCGAAUCAAUGGAGAUGUUGCCAAAUUUGACGGGAUGUGAGAAGUUACGAUCUCUAAAUGUUCAAAACUGCAAGAAACUUACUCAGCUUGGGGCAUUUGUAAAGUUGGACUUAAUUGAUUUGGAUAUCUCCGGUUGUGACUCAUUGGAAGUAAUACCGAAAUUAUCCGGAAUACGUGUCUUUAGAAAUUAUGAAGGAGAGCUGUCUUACGACUCAUGUAGUGAUGAUUACUCAACAGAGAGUGAUUGAUGUUUCCUCAACAGAG